AUGACCCUACGGUCACCUCAAGCCCCUGUCCGUGGGAUCCCGAGCCCUUCGACCACCUCCCAUCUCCUUGAGCUCCGACCACCUCCCCAAGCCCCCAGCCCACCUCCCCCCGACUGCCUCCGGUCUCCUCUUUCCCCUACUGCUGGAUCCAACUUCUUCGAGCCGCCGGCCGCCUCCCCAAGCCCCAAGCCCCCGGCCCGCCUCCCUCCGAUCGCCUCCCCAAGCCCCGAGCCCCCGGCCCCCCUCCCGCUGGCCACCUCUCCGAGCCCUCGUCCAUCAGAUCCUGAGCCCCUCAGCCACCUCCGACCUCCCCAAGCUCUAGCCACCUCUCCGAUCGAGUAUCGAUUAUCA